AUGCCUAACUCCCUGUCCAGACUUAAGUUCAUCAAUAAGAAUUUACUAGGCAGAAAGAGACCUACAAUAAUCAGCGUAGUCAAAGACGAGGAAAAGGACCAAGAGACAAUAAUGUCGAUUAUGAAGGAAGUUGAAACGGAUACAACGAUUGCCUACAACGAAGUGCUGGAAAAAUGUAAUGAACAGUAUAGAUCAAAAGUUAAUCCUGUGCUGAACAAAGACUUUCAUCAAAUGUAUAUUGAAGGAUGGUUCAGCCAUGACCUACCGCCUCAAAUGUCAGCACUCGAUGCCUCACAGCCGUGGAUGUUGUAUUGGUUAGCUAACUCAAUGAAAGUUUUAAACAAAAAUGGACUGACAGAUGAGAUAAAGGAGCGUAUCGCUGAAAAGGUAUUUGCUAUCAGUCCUCAAGGUGGGCCAUUUGGCGGAGGAGUUGGCCAAUUACCUCAUCUUGCCAGCAAUUACGCUGCAAUUAAUGCCUUAGCAUUGUGUGAUAAUAUCGGUGGCUGCUGGGAUAAGCUCAAUCUGAAAGCAAUUUAUGAAUGGCUUAUGUCUUUGAAGCAGGUAGAUGGUUGCUUCAAAACGUGCUCCGGCAUUGGAGAAACAGAUACUAGGGGCGUUUAUUGUGCCUUAAGUGUAGCGUCGAUGCUGGGUAUAAUGACCCCUGAGCUAUGUGAGGGUGUCGAAGACUUUUUGAUCUCCUGCCAGAACUAUGAAGGAGGGUUUGGCGGCUGCGCACACGAAGAUGAGGCUCACGGAGGGUAUACUUUCUGUGCAAUUGCAAGCUUGAGUAUAUUGGCGGCGAUCGAUCGCAUUGACACAUCCAAGUUAGCUCUGUGGUGCAGUCAAAGACAGGACAAUGCCGAAAAGGGGUUCUGUGGAAGAAGUAAUAAAUUAGUGGAUGGUUGCUACAGUUUUUGGAUUGGCAGUACCGCAUCAAUACUUGAAUGGCAUGGCUGUGCAGAGUGUGUCAAUAAAGAAGCACUGAAAGAAUAUAUACUUUAUUGCUGCCAAUCCAGCAAGCGCCCCGGAUUACAAGAUAAGCCAGGAACAAAUCCGGACUUUUACCACACAAAUUAUGUUUUACUAGGAUUGGCAAUUGCGGAGAACGCAGUUUUCAUUACUAGUAAAGAAGGAGAUAAUAAGUCAAAAGAGCAAGUUCUGAUAGAAGAACCAUCAUCAGCAACGCACUUUAAUUCACCGUCAUGUCUCACAGCAAUAAAUCCAAUAUAUGGAUUGCCAGUUGAAGAAUUAUUCAAUUUUAGCACACACUUCAGACAUAAAAAGAGCAGCUGCUCAAGCUAA